AUACCAGAUAAACAUUUAGUUUGUAGCCCGGUGAAUAGUGAGUAACAUAUAGCUAUGGCCGGUUACAAUCCAGUUGAUCUUGUGGAGGAGGACGCCGCUGAUUUGCAGUUUCCCAAAGAAUUUGAAAAUGCCGAAACCUUGCUGAUCAGUGAAGUUCACAUGCUGCUGGAGCACCGCAAGAAUCAAAACGAAUCCUCCGAGGAAGAGCAGGAAUUUUCAGAGGUGUUCCUCAAAACCUACAACUACACCGGUAUGUUCCGGAAAUUUAAAAACAAAGAGACGAUUGCCAGCGUUCGAAGUUUACUAAUGUCGAAGAAACUUCACAAAUUCGAACUUGCAGCAUUGGGGAACCUUUGCCCGGAAGCUCCGGAAGAGGCAAAAGCACUCAUUCCUUCGCUGGAGGGACGCUUCGAAGACGAAGAGCUGAGGCAAAUUCUUGACGAUAUUGGCACGAAGCGUAGUUUGCAGUACUAAGCUGGAUGGAGAAGCUGGGAUGUUCUCAUUUUUUCCACGCACUAAACAAACGACCCGUGGGUAUAGGUAUUUGCAUUUAAGGGAAGAGUAUUAAUCAUAAUCAACUGUGCUUACCGAAUCCGGAAACAGUAAACUUGGUGACAA